GGACGUUCACCCGGGUUGGCACGAUCCCAUUUGUAAAGAAACUUUACCGGUGAUAACUUGUGAUAUUGGAUUCUUUUAAGAAUCAGUUGUUACCUUUUAAUUAAUAAAAAUUACAUAGUACGUUAAGCAAAAAUAGCUAGAAGAAAGGCAAGAGUAUUCGUCAUAAUGGGAACAAUUGCAGCGGUUCUUGGUCUCCUAUUUCUGUUCUCCACAGCUUGGACUGAAGAAGCUCCGAAGGGCCCUAAAGUUACCCACAAGGUCACUUUUGACAUAACGAUUGGUGGAGAACCAGCCGGUUCCGUUGUAAUCGGUCUCUUCGGAAAGACAGUUCCAAAGACAACUGAGAACUUCUUCCAACUAGCACAAAAGAAAGAAGGUGAAGGUUACAAGGGUAGCAAGUUCCACAGAGUUAUUGAAAACUUUAUGAUCCAGGGUGGUGACUUCACUAAGGGAGAUGGAACUGGUGGACGCAGUAUCUAUGGUGAGAGGUUUGAGGAUGAGAACUUUAAGCUCCGCCACUAUGGUGCUGGCUGGCUAUCCAUGGCUAACGCUGGAAAGGACACAAAUGGAUCUCAAUUCUUUAUCACCACUACAAAAACACCAUGGCUUGAUGGCAGACAUGUAGUGUUUGGCAAAGUUUUGGAAGGCAUGGAUAUUGUGCGUAAGAUUGAGAAAAGUAAGACAGGAGCCAACGACCGUCCCGUCAAAGAUGUUGUUAUUGCCGAUACUCACACUGAAGUUGUUGCAGAACCAUUCAGUGUAACAAAAGAGAGUGCUCAAUAACACAUAUCACAAAUUAUUAGUUAAAAAUAAUUUCAUUUAUAAUUAUUAUAAAAUAUUUGUGUUUUGUCACAACUUGUGAUAAUUUACUUUACCAUGCAUUUGAAUUAGUUUUACAU